AUGGCCGUCCAGGACUUCCUUAAACGGCUUGAGGUCAAAGACCGCGCAGACACUCAGCAUGCCAAAGCAUUGAACCCAGACACGCGACCACUGGAACCACAUCGUCGUACGUACGGCCCAUGGCAGUUCGUCACACUCUGGGUCAUCACCGGAUCCUUCAACAUCGGAGGAUGGACGACGGGCUCUUCGCUAAUCGCUCUCGGGCUCAAUGUCUGGCAGGCAAUGCUUACCGUCAUCAUCGGAAACAUUCUCGUCGGCUUCCUAUGCGUUAUGAGCGGUGCUCCAGGCGCGAAGUGGCACAUCGGCUUCCCCAUGAUACAGAAAUGCUCAUGGGGCACAAAUGCUUUCGCCUUCAUCGUCAUUCAGCGAGUCUUCCUGGCUUGCAUAUGGUUCUCGACUCAAGUGUUCUGGGGCGGACAGUGCGUGAAAGUCUUUCUGACCGCCAUCUGGCCGUCGUUCGCCAACGUCAACACCCCAUUGGCGAAUGGCACCAUGACCACCGGCGACUUCGCCUCCUUCAUCAUCUUCACAAUACUGUACCUUCCACUUUGCUGGAUCAAACCGGAGAAGUACAAGAUCCCGUUCUUGGUGUCUUGUUCGAUCGUCAUCCCAACUAUCUUCGUCAGCUUGAUCUGGUUCACCGCCAAAGCGCACGGAGCUGGAGCCUUGGUCAGUGAUGUCGGCAGCGCCGGCGUUGUGCAGGCGCAUGGCAGCCAUUUGGGCUGGAUGAUGGUUCUGGGCAUCUGCACCAACAUUUCGUCGAUAUCGGUGCACAUUUUCGUGCAGUCGGACUAUACCCGGUACGCCCGAAAGCCGAAGGACCAGCUUCUCGCCCAGCUGAUCAUGGUGCCAUCCGGAACAAUCGUCGUCGCACUGAUCGGAAUCCUUUGCACAUCGUGUGCCGCGCAACUCUUCCCGGAGCAGGAGGUCUUCACGGCAUUGCAGGAACAUUACGACAACAGCUCCCGUUCCCGUGCGGCUGUGGCGUUCGCGAUGUUGGCUUUCGGGGUGGCCCAGUUCGGCAUGGUGGUUGCCAACAACGGCGUCUCGGCCGGCAUCGAUCUUGCAGCGCUUUUCCCGCGCUUCUUCACAAUCCGUCGCGGCAUGCUGUGUAUGGCAGCUCUGUCUUUCGUGAUCCAGCCUUGGCAGUUGCUGAACGGAGCGAGCAAGUUCUUGACCGUACUCGGCGGCUAUGGUGUCUUCCUGGGACCCAUGACCGGCGUCAUGUUCGCGGAUUACUUCCUGCUGAGGAAGCGCCAGAUCAAGCUCAGCGACUUGUAUAACGACAGCUCUUCCGGCAUUUAUCGCUAUUGGAAGGGGCUGAAUUGGCGAGCGCCUGUGGCGUGGGCCAUGGGCGUUUGGCCGACACUUCCGGGCUUUGCUCAAUUCGUCCAGCAUGGUGCCCUCGACACCCUUCCCGGAUGGUCGUAUCUGUAUUACAUCUCGUAUCCGUUCGGACUCACAGUGUCUAUACUCGUCUUUGUCGCCCUCAACAAGUUCUUCCCAGUGAGCGGUCUGGGCGAUGUGGAUGACCUGGAUUAUUAUGGAACGUUCGGUCCGGCGGAAACGUCGUCAUUGAAUGGAAUGGAAGCAGAGUCGGGUGAGGAGAUCCAUCUGGGCCGGGAAGACAAUAAGGCCAUCAGUGUCGACAAAGUCUGA